CAACUCCGGGAGGCGGUUAUUCUUUCCUCCCGUUGGCUGAGUUAUUUGGGAGGCGGAGCUAACUAGCAAGCGGGGCCUGGAGACAGGGACGCUGAAAAGAAACCGGGAGAGACGCUCUUGUGGCGCACUUCCGGUGCGCUAAACUGAGAAAGAUGGCUGCGUCCCAGCAGCAGGCUGCAGCUGCUUCGUCUGCUGCGGGUGUGUCGGGUCCGGGUUCGUCUGGUGGCCCGGGUCCGCAACAGCAGGCGCAACCACCAGCACAGCUGGUGGGGCCUGCUCCGAGCGGGCUUUUGCAGCAACAGCAACAGGACUUCGAUCCGGUGCAGCGUUAUAAGAUGCUCAUCCCGCAGCUGAAGGAGAGUCUACAGACCUUGAUGAAGGUUGCAGCCCAGAACUUGAUUCAGAACACUAACAUUGACAACGGACAAAAGAGCAGUGAUGGACCCAUACAGCGCUUUGACAAGUGUCUGGAGGAGUUCUACGCACUCUGUGACCAGCUGGAGCUCUGCCUGCGCCUGGCCCAUGAGUGCCUGUCCCAGAGUUGCGACAGCGCCAAGCACUCUCCAACUCUGGUGCCCACGGCCACCAAACCGGACGCCGUGCAGCCGGACAGCCUGCCCUACCCACAGUACCUGGCGGUCAUCAAAGCCCAGAUUGCCUGUGCCAAGGACAUUCACACUGCUCUCCUGGACUGCGCCAACAAGGUCACGGGCAAGACGCCUGCACCACCUACAGGCCCUGGGGGCACCCUGUGAGCUGGCAGGGCUGGGAGUGGGCAGGCUGCUCGGGAAGGGGGCGGGGAGGGAAUGAAGAGUGACCUCAAAGCAGCCUGGUCUCUGCC